CACAAUUAACGAUAUACAUAGCGUGGCUAACAAAUUAAACUUUUAAAUUUCAGGAAAACUGAUGAUACAUUGAAUGAAUUGUUUAAUACGGAAUUUGAAGCCAAUAAUAAAUAAAUCUUCUCUUCCCCGAUAUUUUAUCGAAUUAAACGAUCGUGAGAAAUGAUUUAAUAUUUGCGGCGGGGAACUCGAACUAACGAGAAGUCACCUGCAACAGUCUGAGCGGGAUGCAAUGAGAUGCAAAAUUAUUCGCUGCAUUCCUCCAUUCGCCACUUUGGAUAGCUAUUCUUUAUCCUUUGCACCAUGAAACUCGCUAGAUUGCCAACAAAGUUUGCUUGCCCACCGAGUUUCCAGCAGUUACACACUUCUAUGAAGAUUAUAAUUCUCAGUCAAAUUAGGCUCUAUCUUCGGCUUUAUCUCUUCCUCCUUUACAUCGCAUUAAAGCCGUUAAUGCCGCGAAAUCUCGCGAAAAUGCAUGUUUUUUGUGCUAAACUCGUUGGUAGAUCAAUUUUAAUAAUUUUAGCGACAAAAGUUUGUUAAAAGCAGGUGCUUUCAUUAAAUUAAUGAGCCACUUGCUCAUCGCAGCUUGCUUCAUCGAACUGAACGUUAUUUAAAAUCAUUAUUAAGCGAAAUCAAUUUAAGCGUCAAGAGACGGUUCUUAGCGCACUCCUGCUCGUAUUUACAAUGGCGAGCUUCAUCUUCAGAAGGAGAGAUGCGGAGCAGAGAUCUCUCGAACCCUCCGCGAAGGUUGAGUACCAGGAAUUAUUGCAAUGACGGCAUUAAAUGCGCUUAGGUAGCGAACAAGUGGGGACUUGGUCGGUUUGAUGUUAGUAUCAUACUGGCCACUGACAAGUCAAUAGUUGGGUGGAGCGUUUCUCAGCGUAGUUGGAAACAGACGUUUUUCAGCCGCGAAUGUGCCGACAGAUUUUUUUUUCAACUUGAUUACAAAGUGCGCGCGUGUUUCAAAUUAAGAAAGUGAGCGAAAAAUCGUGAUUCAAAAAUGCCUGAGGAAACGACUACUACUGCAUCUAGCCUCGCCACGAGAUUAAAGAAGCAUCUCAAAGAAGUGCCGUUCUUUUGCAAAAUUAUCGAACUGGUUUUCUGCGUGAUCGCGACGGGAUUAGCGGCAGGGCCGUUUCAACAGGAUCAGAUACGGCCGAUUGAUAUGCAUCAUGUAGCGGUAUUCCACAUUGCAGUGGGCGGUUAUAUUCUUAUAAAUGGCAUUCUUAUCAUGAGUCACUUUCUGGGCGAGCAGUUGCCAAAGAAAACGGCUCUCAUUUUCACGACACUGGGGGCGAUUCUGUGCUGCACCGCCGGCCUCGUCCUAAUUCGCGACUGGGACAAUUCCUCCACUAAUCUGAUUAACACGUAUCUAAAGGACUACAACGAUCAGAUGGUGGCGGCCGGUUCUUUCGCGGUCAUAGCAGCCCUGGUAUUCGCCAUAGACGCAUACUUCACCAACAAGUACGACUGAUCGUCCGCGAGUUAUCACAGACAAUCGCGGAAUCGACUGCUUCGUUUUAGUAAGAAGAUAUUUGAUCGAGUGUUCCAAAAUGUUCUACCACAUCAGAUCUUAUACAAAAGUUUCUUCGCUUCUUGUAUACAAUCUUCGCCGUGUAAUCUUUGUUACCGUAUCAUAUCGCAUCAAUGUAUCGCGCAAACCGAAAUAAAAAAUGCCGAAUAUAAAUGUCGACAAAAUAUAAAUGUUUAGAUAGCAAUAAUCGUUUUAAGAUAAAUACACAAUUUAUUCCGAUAAGAGAAUAUUUGUAAUCAAGUAAAUUAGAUUUACACGUG